AUGCAAAAUGGUAAGGUAGUGGCUUAUGCAUCCAGGCAAUUGAAGAAGCAUGAACAGAAUUACCUUACCCACGAUUUGGAGAUAGUAGCAGUAAUUUUCGCUUUAAAGAUCUGGAGGCACUAUCUCUAUGAAGAUAGUAAGCAGAUGGGCACUAGGCUGUGUGUUCCCGGUGUGGAUAAUCUUAGAAAGGAGAUUUUAGAAAAGGCUCAUUGUCAAAUUAGAGCAUCAGAAGCCGUCAGGGUUAUUGCACGGCUUUCCAUGCCAGAGUGGAAAUGGGAAAGGAUUACUAUGGAUAUUGUUUUGGGUUUACCCAAAACUUCAACUGGUUAUGAUUCUAUUUGGCUGAUUGUGGAUCGAUUGGCUAAGUAUGCACGAGUGUAUCUAGAGAGAAUUGUCAGUCUUAACUGCAUUCCUAUUUCUAUAGUGUUUGAUAGAGGACUGCAGUUCACUUUGAAGUUUUGGAAAAAGCUACAAGAAGAGCUUGAUUUUGGUGGUCAAUGGGAUUGGUACCUACCUUUGAUUGAAUUCGCGUAUAACAAUAGCUACUAUGCGAGCAUUGAGAUGGCACCUUGUAAGGCAUUGUACGGCUGGAAGUGCAGAUCUCCUGUGUGUUGGAAAGAGUUUGGCAAGAAGGGAAAAUUGGCCCCUCGAUGUGUAGGACCCUUUGAGAUUAUAUACAGAAUUGGAGAGGUGGCAUACAAGCUGGACUUGCCACCAAAUUUCUCGCAUCCGAUAUUUCACAUAUCAAUGUUAAAGAAGUACAUUUCAGACCCUUCGCAUGUGUUGCAGCCUCAAUAUGUGAAAGUAAGUGAAGAUCUGACUUACGAGGAGUAG